CUAGCUGUAGUGUGGUUCGCGAUCGGGACGAGGGAAGACGGCGAAAGACAAGACAUGACAACAAAAUGUGAGAUUGAUAUUAUCACGCGUUUGGGAUUUUACAACAAUAACAAAACGCCGUCGUUCGACCGAGAAACAUGGUGACGCGCGGCGAACCGAAUAGGGCCGUAUUUGCGUGCCUCUCUCUUUAAAAGACAUCGACGGAGCAACUUUGUACGGUCCUUCCUGUUUAAAACUCAAUUUAAAAGAUUUUUUUUUACCUACGUAAGGAAAAUGCGAACACUUGACUCGCCAAGGAAACGGUCGUCUGGUGCUAACAGUAACAAACAAAAAAUAUUUUAAAAAAACGGCCAUGGACGUGGAAUCUGCUGACAAAUACAACAAGUUUGUAUAAGCGCCGCGGAGCUGCACAGAGCCGCCUUGGCAACUCCGGGAACAAGUUUGCCGUAAAGCACAUUUACGCAGAACUGAAUGCCUCUUUCCUGCUAUUCUUCUCCACUUCUCUGCGCUUCCUGCUUACGAUGACUGCCGUUGUGAAUGGCUAAAAAUACAGACUUAUCCAAAAAGUCAAGAUGGACUACUAAAACCGACAUGUUUUGAUAAUUUUGCUGUGCGGUAUUUCAACAACUUUCUCUACAAGUGACUCGCUCGCUAGUGCAUUUUGACUACUGAUAUCGAAAAUAUGCUAUACUGAAAUGUAUUGUUCCUUGUUUUACAUUUGUUUGCAAGUCACUGGUUACUUUUAACAUUUCCGAUACAUUUCGCAAUUUGUUGGCUUUGAACGCGGGCUGUGUUCGGAAAUCGACCGCUUGAGAAAAGCUGUGUUCCACCUGGACCCUACACAGAAAGUUGCUGAAUGGAGCCAAUUUUGUACUUUUACGCGUUGGCACACUUGACAGAAUUAUUUGUACACAGAACUUACUCUUUCGUUUGGCGGCUGCCAACUCAGAUGAACACCUAAGCAUCAGAUGCCUAAAUUUAUGAGGGAUUCUUAUUAGAAUCAGUCAGGUUUGAGGAUAUACAUUUUUUAUCUGUGGGCUUGGCUCUUGUAUGUAUUUUCUGGUUCCUGAUGAGCCUAAAUACACAGAGCGGAAAGGGAGAGAGGCGAGGCGCUGUAAAGUACUUUUUGUACUUUAUUUUCUCUUCGAUUAAAAUUCAAUGAAAACGCAGUGUGAAGCUCCAUGGAGCCGCUGAAGAAUAUUUUUGCCCGCGGUCCGCUGUCAAAUUGGAAAGGUCUCGAACAAUCGCAGAGGGGUAACUUUACCAACCCCGUAUGGACCGCUCUGUUCGACUAUGAAGCGUCGGGGAAAGACGAACUGACGCUCCGCAAAGGCGACCUGGUGGAAGUGCUGUCUCUGGACUCGGAGAUAUCCGGAGACGAAGGCUGGUGGGCAGGCAAGGUCAACAAUAAAGUGGGCAUAUUUCCAUCAAACUAUGUCUCGUUCAAGCCAAGCGGAUAUGGGAAACUUCAGGGAUCGGCGGUGGUCGGGGAGCUGAGCACAGCGGUGGUGGGGCAGUUCGAACCGGAAGAAGUGGAUUUUAGGGAGCUGAGCUUGGAGGAGGUCAUCGGGGUCGGCGGCUUCGGCAAGGUGUACCGCGGCACCUGGAGGGGCGAGCUGGUGGCCGUGAAGGCGGCCCGCCAGGAUCCGGACGAGGACAUCAGCGUGACGGCGCAGAACGUGCGGCAGGAGGCGCGGCUGUUCGCCAUGCUCACUCACCCGAACAUCAUCGCCCUCAAAGGAGUCUGUUUACAGGAGCCCAACCUGUGUCUCAUAAUGGAAUACGCUUCCGGCGGCCCCCUGAGCCGGGCGCUGGCCGGGCGCCGCAUACCCCCGCACAUCCUCGUCAACUGGGCCGUGCAGAUAGCGCGGGGCAUGCUCUACCUCCACAGCGAGGCGAUCGUCCCUGUCAUCCACCGGGACCUCAAGUCUAACAACAUUCUCCUGUCCCAGCCCAUAGAGAAUGAGAACAUGGAGGGGAAGACCCUGAAGAUCACGGACUUCGGGCUGGCGCGCGAGUGGCACAAAACUACCAAGAUGAGCACGGCGGGCACCUAUGCCUGGAUGGCACCUGAGGUCAUCAAGUCCUCCACCUUCUCCAAGGGCAGCGACGUGUGGAGUUACGGUGUGCUGCUGUGGGAGUUGCUGACGGGAGAGGCUCCCUAUAGGGGGAUUGACGGGCUGGCGGUGGCCUACGGAGUGGCCGUCAACAAGCUGACUCUGCCCAUCCCAUCCACCUGCCCCGAGCCCUUCUCACAGCUCAUGUCAGAGUGCUGGGACCAGGAUCCGCACCACAGGCCCAGCUUUGCCUCCAUCUUGGCUCAGCUGACGGCGCUGGAGCAGCAGGUGAUGGAGGAGAUGCCCCAGGACUCCUUCCACUCCCUGCAGGAGGACUGGAAACUGGAGAUCCAGGACAUGUUUGACGAGCUGCGAGCCAAGGAGAAGGAGCUGCGCUCGCGGGAGGAGGAGCUGAAGCGAGCGGCUCUGGAGCAGAAGUCGCACGAGGAGUUCCUGCGGCAGCGGGAGCAGCAGCUGGCGCAGUGGGAGCAGGACGUGUUCGAGAGGGAGCUCAGCCUGCUCAUCCUGCACAUGAACCAGGAGAAGCCCAACGUCAAGAAGCGCAAGGGCACCUUCAAGAAGCACAAACUCAAGGGCAAGAACGGGGAGAAGAUCAGCAUGCCCCAGGAUUUCAUCCAUAAGAUCACGGUGCAGGCGUCCCCGGGCCUGGAGAAGAGGAAGAACUCCCCUGACCUGGGCUCUGGGUCCUCCCCCUCCUUCGGCCCCAGAUUCCGGGCUAUCCAGCUCAGCCCAAGUCAGAACAGCAGGGCGUUUGGCCUGAGCUCAGUGUGGCCCCUUGAACCCCCCCUGCCCAGCCGGCAGCCCAACGGGGAGCGACGGAUCAGGCCCCACUGGACCCCUCAGAGCCCCAAAAGUCCCAAAGUCCUGCGCCUCAGUUCCCAGGAGAACAGUCUCUCCAUGAGAGCCAAACUCCUGGAAACGGACAGCAGUGAGAACGGGCAUUUGCAGACAGAUUUUGAAGAGUACAGACCCUCCACACCACAGUCCACCCAAAAUGGCUUCUCUGUGAGGGAGUUCCCCAAGACUGCUCUACCUCAGGGGGAUUCUGGCAGUGAAGAAGGGGGAUCCCCAGCGGGCUCACCCAGGCCCGAGCGAGGCGUGGGCGGAGCCAUUAAGGUCACCCACAGGGCUCUUCUGGGUGGAGCCUCCCUGCUGGCCUCCGUCGCGUUGGGCCGGUGCAUCGAGGCCCCGCCCAAAGUGCCGCCCCGGUCCCACCCCUCGAAAAUGGACACGGAGCAACCCCCCAGGCCCGAAACCCCACCCGCAGACCCCCCCGUGGUGGACGACCUCAUCACCUUCUCCCACUCUGACCCCGUCCCCCAGCCCCUCCUUGAUUUGACCCUGCACCGCCUCGAGAGCUGCCCCAUGCCCCUCACCCCCCCGCCCCCCAACCCUCGUGAGCGGCACUGCCCGGAGCCCCUCCGGCACAGCCCGGGGGAGUGGGCGCCCCACACCAAUGGGGAGCCCCCCUCCGACCCCUGGGGGGCAGGACCAGACAAGAGGAGGCGUUCCAGCCACAGUCAGCUGGCCUCACAGCUGGUUCUGGACCUCCCGAUUUGCUCGCAGGACAGCCCAGAUCGGGACAGCCUGACCCCGCCCCCUUUCGCCCUCUUCCCCGACCCGCGGCUCUGGAGCCCCAAGACGCGGCGGCUGGAGGUGAACGUGAUCCCGCGGCCCCGCCCAUCCCCCGUCCGCCCCCGCAUCGACCCCUGGAGCUUCAUCUCCGCCGGGGGAGGGGGCCGGGGGGUGGGACGAAACUCGGACAAGGCCGGGGGUCCGCUCUGUCACCCCCUGGGCCACCAGCCCUCCCCGACUAACCCCUUCACGAACUGCGACCCUUUCCCCACCCCAGACUGCGACCCGUUCGCCCAAAGGGCGGACCCCUUCAGCAGCCCGGAGCCUCCCUCACCCUUCGACCCCUUCUGUGCCCCCUUCCGUGCCUCCCGCUCCGCCCCCUGCUCCACCAACGUCAGCCCUUCCCUGUCUGCCCUCAGGGUGCCACCGCUGUCCCCCGCCGACGCCCCCCUGGUGGACCUGGGCUGGAGGAGGGGCAGCCCGCCCCUCGACGCCAAAGACAAGCGGGAGCCUGGGAGAGCCUUGCUAACAGGCCUCAGCCCCUGGAGGUCCCCGACGCAGCUCGCCAAUGACAGGUUCUGAGGGACCGCCCCCUUUCUGGAGGGAAACCGCAGUGACGGGUUGGACACUGACGCGGGGAUGGGGGGAUUGGGUGGGGUGGGGGCGGCGCUGCCAUGGUUCUCUGCCACUCCCAAAUCCUCCGAAAUGCACAUACACCCCACUGGAGACUUCCCGUAGGAGACAGGCCCACACAGCCCCGUUACUGCCCCCUAAUGGCAGUGCCUCAUCACUGUUUUUAAAGUGGAAAUAACCUUCAGCUACUGGAGCUCUGAGGCUGGGGACAGGGCUGAAUGGAGCAGAAGCGCAGAAACUGGUCCACUUUCCAAUGUGAAGAGCGUUCUCACCUGGUCCUGGUCGAGGUCUGAGGGGACCCCCAGAGCUGACCACAGGAUAGAGGCCCCGGUGCCUCCUUCUCCUCCACCACCCCCCCAUCCCCCACCCCCACCCCCCUGCCUCUCUGCUGCACAC